CAAUAUUUUUAUAUUAGUUAAUGUUUAUAUAUUUAUCUGGAGUGUUAAUAAAUUCAUAGGGUUGUGGCAAAGAUAAAAGCACAACAGUGUAGAUGCGUUGAGCAGUGAACGCGGCCCGGAGCUGCCUCCCGUACACAUCCUCCCGCUGCUGCUUUGACCCUGGAGCUCAGUGAUGCCUCUGCCCGCAGCCGUGUCCCCAAACCGGGCUCUGACAACGGCUAGUACCCCCAGCCUCUCCCCCGGACCAAGUUUUUUCUGAUCCAGGACUAUGGUUGAGCAGCGCCCGGAGAGACGCUCGGUCUGUCCGCUUUCACUAAACAAUAGCCUCAGGCAGCUGAUGAUCUGAAAUGGAGCAGCUGCACUGGGUCAGGUUCCGCUGUCAGCAGCUAUGGGUGGCCAACCACACCCAGGGCUGGUACUCACCCGCGAACCUCGUCUCUGAGAAGUACUCGCCACAGAGGAAUACUGGGAAGAGGAGGACUGUACUGGCCCGCUGGGGUCCACACCAGGAUGAGUACCACAGUAUCAGCAAGGCCUACAAGACCAACGCUAUCCGCACCACCAAGUACAGCCUCCUCACCUUCCUCCCCAUGAACCUGUUUCAGCAGUUCCACAGAGCGGCCAACCUGUACUUCCUGUUCCUGGCGCUCUUGAACUGGGUCCCUGUAGUGGAGGCCUUUCAGAAGGAGAUCACCAUGAUUCCCCUGGUGCUGGUGCUCACCGUCAUCGCCAUCAAAGAUGCCCUGGAAGACUACAGGCGCUAUGUGUUUGACAAGAAAAUCAACCACAACACAGCUAAAGUGUACUGCCCUAAUCAGAGGGACUACGUUGACUGCUGCUGGAAGGAUGUCCGUGUGGGGGACUUUGUGCGCCUGUCGUGUAAUGAGAUCAUCCCUGCAGACAUGCUCCUGCUGCACUCGUCAGACCCCCGGGGGCUCUGCUACAUCGAGACCGCCAACCUGGAUGGGGAGACCAACCUGAAACAGAGGCAGGUGGUUUCCAAGAUGGAGAAUGUGGAGUUUGUACCUGAAGAUUUCCACUGGCGUAUUGAAUGCGAGAAUCCGAACAACAACCUCUGCAGGUUCAGAGGAUAUAUGGAAAACUCCAGUGGAGCUCGAGUCGGACUCCAUAACAGCAACCUUCUGCUCCGGAGCUGCACCAUCCGCAACUCUGAGGCUGUGGUGGGCAUUGUGGUUUAUGCUGGUCAUGAAACCAAAGCGAUGAUGAACAACAGUGGGCCCAGGUACAAGCGCAGCCUUCUGGAGAGACGUCUCAACACGGACGUGCUGUGGUGCGUCGUGCUACUCAUAGUAAUGUGUCUCACUGCGGCUAUAGGUCAUGGCAUUUGGCUACAGCAGCUUAAAGAUCCGAUUUUUCAAGUGGAUGGAGAAACAUCCCCUGCACUGGCGGGCUUUUAUGUCUUUUGGACCAUGAUCAUAGUGCUACAGGUGCUGAUUCCAAUCUCACUUUAUGUCUCAAUUGAAAUAGUCAAACUGGGUCAGAUCUACUUUAUCCACAAUGACCUGGAUUUGUACAAUGAGCACAUGGACUCCAGGAUCCAGUGUCGAGCUCUGAACAUCACAGAGGACCUGGGACAGGUGCAGUACGUCUUCUCUGACAAAACUGGAACUCUGACUGAGAACAAGAUGGUGUUCCGCCGUUGCAGUGUCUAUGGAGUGGAGUAUCCUCACGAUGACAAUGGGCGCCGUCUGGAAGUGUACAGUGAAGACAAAGAGGAGGCACGUCGCUGCUCCCUCAGCCCUAGGGCGAGCUCCAGGAGGAAGUCUCUGAGCUGCCGCUCUCUGAGCUGUAACCGCAGCUCUGUGUCCCUCAACACUCUGACCGCUGACUCUGAGGAAGAGGAGGAGCUGUCCUGUGCCAGCCUGCGCCGUCCCAGUGCCUUCUACAGCCAAAUGGCGAAGGAGGUGGUUCCAGACUGUGAGCUGGUGACAAAGCUGAGCUGGCUGCGUGCUCCUGACCUGAAUGUGGCCCACAGCUGUGCCAAAGCCUCCUCCAGCCUGGAGAUGGCCUUCAUCACAGACUUCUUUCUAGCACUGGCCAUCUGCAACAGUGUGGUUGUGUCUUCGCCAACACAGUCCCUAAAUGUGCUUCCUCAAGCUCAGACACCUCUACGUUCUCUGGAGGAGAUCAAACUCAUGUUUCAGCGCUUUAACCUGUCUGCACUCCCAGUACUGCCCACUCUGCCUCCCCCUCUGAAGAGCAAACUCUUUACCCGAGGAAAGACUGGCUCUUUCACUCUCCCCAAACCUGCGGCAGAGGGCUGUGAUCACACACCAAACCCAGAGAACUUCAGUGUAAAUGGUGGUGAAAAGUUGAAUGUUCCUGAUGGAGAAGAAGUGCCUACAUUGAUCCUUCCUGAGGCAGCAGCAGCAGCGGUGGAGUUUGAAGUAGUGGACCCUGAGGACACAGUGCUGUAUGAAGCAGAGAGCCCUGAUGAGGCCGCUCUGGUGUACGCCGCCAGAGCCUAUCACAUGACUCUGAGAGCGCGCUCUGCAGACAGCCUGCAGGUGGAGCUGCCCACAGGGGGCACUGUGCAGGUUCCCCUGCUGCACGUUCUGCCCUUUGACUCCAACAGGAAGAGGAUGUCUGUGGUGGUGCGUCACCCCCUCACAGGACAGGUGGUGGUUUACACCAAGGGAGCAGACUCUGUGCUCAUGGACCUGACCCGCUCCCCCACAGCUUUGCAACUGGCUCCAAAUGUUUACAGUCAUAUACGGCUGCAAACACAGAAGCACCUGGACAGCUAUGCCAGAGAGGGGCUGCGCACACUGUGCAUUGCAACAAAGACAAUGGAGGAGGAAGAGUAUGAGGUGUGGCUCAAGACACAGCUGUUAGCGGAAAGCAGCAUCGAGAACAGAGAAGAGCUGCUACUACGCUCAGCUCAGGCCCUGGAGACCAACCUGACUCUUUUGGGAGCCACAGGAAUCUUGGACCGCCUGCAGGAGGAGGUGUCUGAAACCAUAGAAGCUCUGCAGAGGGCUGAUGUCAAAGUAUGGAUCCUCACAGGGGACAAACAAGAGACCGCUAUCAACAUCGCCUUUGCUUGUAAACUACUGUGCCCCUCUGACCAGCUACUGACAGCCAACUGUGAGGAUAAGGAGAGCUGCGCAAUGUUAGUGCAGGAUUUUCUUCAUAGACUCACCUGUUAUGACACUGAAGCCUCAGGCUCAGGGACCUCCAGCACAGAGGCCCCUAGCACAGAGGCCCCUAGCACAGAGGCCCCUAGCACAGAGGCCCCUAGCACAGGGGCCCCUAGCACAGAGGCCCCUAGCACAGGGACCCCCAGCACAGAGGCCCCUAGCACCGGCACAGCUGGGUCUGUGCUGGUGAUCGAUGGACACACUCUUGACUGGGCUCUUCAGCCUGAGCUACAGGGAGACUUUCUAGAGCUGAGCAAACAUUGCAAAGCCGUCAUCUGCUGCAGAUCCACUCCACUCCAGAAGAGCCAAGUGGUCCGGCUGGUCCGGGAUAAACUUAAGGUCAUGACCCUGGCUGUGGGUGAUGGAGCCAAUGAUGUGAGCAUGAUCCAGGUGGCAGAUGUUGGGGUUGGGAUUUCUGGACAGGAAGGCAUGCAGGCUGUGAUGUCCAGUGACUUUGCCAUCUCCAGGUUCAAACACCUCAGGAAGCUGCUGCUGGUACAUGGCCACUGGUGUUACUCGCGCCUGGCCAAUAUGAUCGUCUACUUUAUCUACAAGAAUGUGAUGUAUGUGAACCUUCUGUUCUGGUACCAGUUCUUCUGUGGUUUCUCUGGGAGUGUUAUGAGCAAUGCAUGGGUUCUCAUCUUAUUUAACCUGAUCUUCACCUCUGUGCCUCCUCUGAUCUAUGGGAUUCUGGACCAGGACACGCCUGCAGAUGUUCUGAUGGCCCACCCUGAGCUCUACCAGAGAGCAAGGACCUCCAAGGCCUAUGUUCCCUUGAUGUUCUGGAUGAACAUUCUGGAUGCCUUUUACCAGAGCCUUGUCUGUUUCUUCAUUCCAUACUUUGCCUACAGGGGCUCAGACAUAGGCAGUCUGUCCUUUGGGUCACCCAUAAACGCCUCGGCGCUGUUCAUCAUCCUGCUGCACCAGGUGGUGGAGAGCCACACUCUGACGUGGAUCCAUGGCCUGGUGUUCUUCCUUAGUGCUGGCUCAUACUUUGCCUUUGUGCUGCUCCUCAGUGUGCUCUGUGUGACCUGCAGCCCUCCUACUAAUCCUCUGGGAGUAGAAACUAAGCAAAUGUCCCAACCGGCCUUCUACUUAGUGUGUACUUUAACUACUGUCACAGCACUGCUACCCAGGUUGUUGUUUCGAGUUCUGAAAAACUCCUCGAUCAGAGUGGGAGGAGCAGAGCAGUGGAUUCUGAGGCCACACAGCCCCUCUGUGAGGGGCAACUGUCCAGAUGUGGAGCCCACAGACCCUGAGCUGUCCUGACCCCAGCAUACACUGUCAUUACACUGAUGACUGGAUGCUGUUGUUAGGUUAUGGUUAUGACUAUGUGAAGGAAAUAGCAAUGUUGAAUAUUCACUGAUUUGCCCGACUGAACUGCACUGUUUCCACUGGAGAAAGAGUGGGCAAGUGCAUGUGAAACUUUUCUCUAAUGAGGUGCUAUUUAUUACUUCACCAGUGCUAAAUCCAACGCCAUAUAGUCCUAUUGUGUUGUCCACAUCUUUUGUACUUGUCUGAGUUUAAUGUUCCUGUGAGGGACAUGAGAAUCUGUGCUGAUUAUUUAUUACUUGUUUUUGCUUGUUUGAAAAAUUAUAUACUUGUGUCAAUGCAAGUUACAAAACCUCAAACACAGAAUCUCUCAUAAUCAUGAGGACCGUAGCACAUGCCACUUUCAGUGUUUUUGUGUGGAUAUUGUCAGAGUGGAGGUCUCUGCUAAACGUAUGGGGCUGUUGGCACCACUGGCAUGUCUCAGGCAGUUAUCAAUCACCGUGUAUGAGACGUGUAGUAAUAACACGGAUAUGCCUCAACUUUUUACUUCUACAUAUUUCCCAGACUUUGCAUCCUCAAUAACAGUCACAUUUACACUGUUAUAUUGCUGUUACCAUCCUGAUGUUUACAAUUUUGCAUUUGCAAAAUAAUAUUUUUUUUUUUAUUAUUUUAAUAUAUUGUAAUAUUAUGGUUCGUGAAUUUUAAAAUGUAUUUUCUGGCUCAGUCUAAUAAUUUUACACUCCACAUCGAAUCAUCAAACAUGGAUUGCACACACCCGUGUUGCCUUAGGUCCCGUUUUUAUGAUGAAUAAUAUUUUUUUUUGACUGACUGCAUUUACAAACUCCUCAAACCUGCAAUAAAGACAUUUGU